AUGAGCCUUCUUGACCUCUUCACGUCGUUGAUGCUUCAGAAUCCAGACGGUCAAAUGAAGUCGCGAAACCUGCUCCUUUUGCAGAGAGCUCAAGCUCUCAUCGAAUCCAUUCAGCGCAACGACCACGAGCUCAUGAGGAGCAGGCCCUUCAACCCAAUUCCUGCUCGCCAAAGCGGUGUGCGAGAUGAAAGUUCUGGCACAGUGCCCAAACGAAAGGCGGCUACUUCAAAGGGUUCGCCAUUGACCAAGGCCCAAGAAUGCAUCUUCCCAUCUGCGUCCGGGACGGCACUUCAGGAAGCCAAGCUGGAGCGGAACCCCAGUAUGGCUAUGAAUGCCUUGGCCCGCCUGCAACUGGAUACCCGGGGCGACAUGGACGGCUACCUGGCGACUUGUUUGUCUCGGUACAUUGUCUCGAAAGAAGGCGAGGAUGAAAUGAAACCCCUCAGAAACCUCGAGAGGGUGGAUGGGGUGGCCGACGAGCUGUGGGCGUGGACCGUCAUCCGAGUCCUGCUCGUUGCUACAUCCCGCGCCAACAGCGCUAGAUCCGGGGAUGUCGAUGACAUCGCUGCUAAGAUGUUUACGGACGAAAACGCAGCGAAGUGGUGCACGCUGCCUUCCGCGAUCAUGUUGUUCUCGCGCGAGGAGCUCGGGAUUUCUGCUGGUUGA